UCGUCACCACCACAUUUCCAGUUGAAUGCCAAAGAGAAAAGGGGGCACAUGGAGAGUGUCCAAAGAGAAUUGGAAUCGAGGUAGCUGCGAUAGGCUAAGGCACUGGGUCUGCAGUUGAAGGCCGGCCAAACACCCUCUUUUCCCCUGUUCAUCUCCAUCCUCCUCACUUCUCAGGGAAGAGGAACACACCCAAGGACGACGAGCGCGGGCCGGAGAAGCACAAUGGCGCCGCUCACCGGAGCCGCCAUCGCCUCCUACAGCAUCCUGCUCCUCAUGCUCGUCCCCUGGGCCCAGGGCCAGGGGCAACCACCCGAGGCGUCGGAGGAGGCUUGGGCCGAGGGGCAACCACCCGAGGCGUCGGAGGAGGCUCUUACGAUGCUCUUGUCGGAGAGCGGGUGCGGCGCCUUCGCCGGCCUCGUCACCGCCACGGCCGGCGUGGGCGAGGCGUUCCGCGAGCAGAGCGGCAGCGACCUGGGGCUCACGAUCUUCUGCCCGGACGACGAGGCGGUGGCGGCGUUCAUCCCGAGGUUCAACGGCCUCACCGCCGACGGCCAGGUCGUGCUUGUUCUGUACCACGGACUGACGAUGGCCUACUCCGUGGAGAUGCUCAGGAGCGACGGGCGGGUGUUCACGCUUGAUGGGGGGCAGAUGGUCCCCAUCCGUGAGCACAGAGGCACGCUGACACUUUUUUCGUGGCCGCCGCCGUCACGGAACGAGGCCAUCUCGUUGUCUACCUCAUCGACGCCGUGCUGAUUCCGACGGUGCCGGAGCCUGGCUUGUCGCUCUGGGACUUUUUGGGGCCUUUCCUACUUCUUGUCGCUGGGCCCCUGGCCUUGUGAGUUUUCUUUCCUUGUGCUUAAUUCCGCUACGAUCAAAUGGAUACGCAGCUCGUACGCCUGCCUGUCCAUAGCAUCAGUUCAUGCGAUUUAUUGGUGUGCGAGAGGAUUUUAGUUAGAGCUGCAAGACGUACUUAGGCUCGCCUACGUCUAUGUAUAAAUCCUAUAGUGCAUUUAGUGGACGAUAAUUUAGAUUUGGGCUUUCUGUACAUACGUCAAUCUAAUGAACAUUAGUUUUUAGUUAACCCAACUGUUAAUUCAUUUAGUUAACUCGACUAUUAUGCUUGUACUAGUAAGUGUGCACGUGCAAUGCACGUAUUAUCGUGUGAUACAAAAAAUAUUACUUGGUCUAAAAACUGAGUGAACAUAUUUGUCAUCAAUCAUGAGUAAACCGACAAUUUUUGAGGGAAAUUUUCAAA